AAAAAAAACUUGUUCAGAUCUUUCUCCCUUUCGAUCUCUACUGGUUUUUCAUUUUGUACAGAUAGAUCAACCUAAUUCAUGGCUUCCGAUCUCGAAGGAUUAGUUAUUGUGAUCAUGCGCGUUUGUGGGUCUGGAAAAUCGUAAGCCCCUUCAAUCUCUCUCUCUCUCUCAUAUCUAAACUGUUGUUUGGAUUGUAUUCCUAGUAGUACAACAGGAGAGAUGCUGGGCAAGGCCAUGAAUUGUGUCUUUAUCGAUGCAGAUGACUUCCAUCCACAGUCAAAUAAAGAGAAGAUGAGCAAGGGGAUACCAUUAUCAGAGGAAGACCGGAUUCCAUGGCUCGAAAAGCUGAGCGAUACUCUCAGAAUUAACAUAACCAGAGGCAAAACUGCAAUUCUCGCGUGUUCUGCCCUUAGAAAGAAAUACAGGGAAAUCCUCAGAAUGGCUGACCCAGAUUAUCAAGUGGGGAGCUACUCUUGCUGUGUGAAGUUUGUUUUGUUGGAUGCUCCGGCCGAGGUGAUAGCAGCUCGGAUCAACAGAAGGGCCAUGGAAGGGAAACAUUACAUGCCUGCUUCACUCUUGCAAUCUCAACUGGACUUGCUUGAAAUUGAUGCUAGUGAAGGGAUAAUUAAGGUGGAUGCUACUCUGAGUCCUGAUGUAACUGUGAACAAUAUACGAGCUCUAGCAUCCAAAAGUUAUAUUUGAUCUCCUAAUCUUAUAAUUUUCAAUGGAGACGGUGCAGAUUUUUAUGUUUACUCUGUUUGGGCAGCUAGAAUUCAUAUUAAUACCAUUAUUGCAUGUUAUCUAA